AUGGGUACGCUUCUUCGUUCUUCGCACACUUGUUUUCGUUCUUAUUGUUAUUCUACGCUUACUGCUGCUGCUGCUACUACUAGUAUUGCUAGUGCUAAAAAAAACCCGAAUCACAAUCAGAGUCAAAAUCAAUUCUUGAAACCUGUUAGAGAUCAGUGCAAAUCUAGAAGCUUUAGGAAUGUUGAUCAUGCCUUAGACGUGUUUGAUAAAAUGCUUCACACGCGCCCUUUGCCUUCCAUUUACGAUUUUAAUCACGUGUUGGGUGUCAUUGCAAGAAUGAAGCAUUACCCAGUAGUCAUUUCUCUAAUUAAACGAAUCAAAUCAUUCGGAGUCUCUCCCGAUGUUUAUACUCUCAAUGUUUUGAUUAACUGCUUCUGCCAAUUGAACCAUCUAGAUUUUGGGUUUUCUGUUUUGGCAACAAUUUUGAAACUUGGUUAUCACCCAGACUCUAUUACUCUAAACACCCUUGUGAAGGGUCUCUGUGGACUGCUAGAAGAAGCAAGUGAGAUAUUUGAGAAAAUGGAUGGAAGCGGUUGUUCACCUGAUGAUCGCACAUAUAACACAAUAAUCCAAGGGUUACUGCAACAUAAUGAGACAUCAAAGGCAAUUAAAUAUCUUGAAAUAAUGGUUGACAAGGGUUUUUCAGCAGAUACGACAGUUGCAAGCAAGUUGUUUGACUUGCUGUCAUCUAAUCAAGUAGAUAAGAACAUUCAAGAAUUUCUCCAGAAGCCUAAGUGA